UUUGUGAGCAAUAAGCCAUUCGCAGUUGCCCAGGAGUUGGUGCGAGAGAUAGAAAUUUCUCAUUGGGGAAAUGUUCAGAUCACAGAGCAUUACAACCUUGUCAAUGCUGGUGCAACAAGCAUUGGGGAGUUCUCAAGGCUAGAGUACCAGGCCCGGCCACAUCUCAGAGGUGCAUCAUCAUUUAGACAUCUUGUUGCCAAAUUGCCUCCAAGAGCCCAUUCCAUUUACUACAGAGAUGAAAUUGGCAACAUAUCAACAUCUAAUAUAUGGGGUGACUCGUCAAAGACAUUACUAGAAAUUGAACCUAGGUAUCCAAUGUUUGGUGGCUGGAGAACUUCUUUUACCAUCGGCUAUGGGCUUCCCCUUAAGGACUAUUUGUUCCGUGCAGAGGGAAAACGUUUCCUAAAUAUAUCUUUCGGUUGCCCAAUGGAUGAGGUGGUAGUUGACAACCUCGUUGUGAAGGUUAUUCUUCCAGAAGGUUCAAAAGAUAUUUCUGUCUCGGUUCCUUUUUCUGUCAAAGAGUCAAGAGAGACGAAAUUUUCCCAUUUGGAUAUGAUUGGCAGACCAGUAGUUGCUUUGGAAAAAACCAAUGCUGUGCCUGAGCAUAACCAAUAUUUCCAGGUCUAUUACAGGUUCAGCAAUCUGUCACUGCUCAGGGAACCAAUGAUGUUAAUUUCUGGAUUUUUCUUCUUAUUCGUUGCAUGUAUCGUAUAUAUGCAUGCAGACUUGACAAUCUCGAAGUCCUCUCCUUCUUAUCUUGCAAAACUGCAGUGGGAUGAGGUACAGAGUGCUCUUCAGCAGAUCCAGAGCAUAAUGAACCAUUGUUUGGGUAUUCACGAUAAACUUGAAGCAUCAUUGCGAGAUCUAUCAAGGACCGGUGAUGUGCAAGCAUGCAAAGCUGCUCGUAAAUCAGCUGAUAAUAUGUUGAAGGAGCUUUCAAAGGAUUUGAAGCCUUUACUCUCAUUUUUGCAGUCUUCUCCACUGGCUGCUUCAUUAUAUUCCAAGGUCGAGGAGCUGGUUGCAAAGGAGAAAGAGCUGCAAGAGAAGCUUAUAGUGAAACACACCACAGUUACAGAUAGUUAUGAAAAGAAGUCUGGUGGGAGGGACAUUGAGAACCGUAUUGCACCAAUCCAGCAAAAGAUCACAGCCUUGAGACAGGAAGUUGAUGAUCUUCUGGAAGUAAUUGAUGAGAUAUAA